AUGAGGCCGUCCAAAGUGGUGCCAUGGCGGCGGCUGGUUGGGGUGACCUUCGGGAUGUACACGGCCGAGGAGAUCAGGAAACUGAGUGUGAAACCCAUAACAAACCCUCAGUACCUGGAUAACGUGGGGAAUCCGGCUGUAAAUGGUCUGUACGACUUGGCCUUGGGACCUCCGGACUCCAGAGAAGUGUGUGCGACUUGCACGCAGAACUUCAGCAACUGCCCCGGACACUUUGGCCAUAUAGAACUGCCAUUGCCUGUCUACAACCCGCUGUUCUUCGAUAAAUUAUACCUUCUAAUCCGAGGUUCUUGUUUGAAUUGCCACAUGCUGACAUGUCCUCGAGCUGUGGUUCACUUACUGCUAAGUCAGCUGAAGGUGCUGGAGAAAGGGUUGCUUCAUGCUGUCCAUGACCUUGAAAUCAUUCUGAACAGGUUUGUGGAACAAUGUGCAGAUGCAACAGGCUCAGAAAUUGAAGAAGAGUUAAAUCGCCACGUUCAGGAAAUGUUGCAGAGCUCUCAAAGAAGAGAUCGGUGUUCAAAUGUCAAAAAUGUGUGUGAGUGUAGAAAUAAACUGGUAUCACAGUUCUGGAAAGCACACAUGGGUUCAAAGAAAUGCCCAAACUGCAAAUCCAGGAGAUCGCUGGUGCGAAAGGAACACAACAGCAAGCUGACAGUAACCUAUCCUUCCACAGUGUACCAAAAGGCAGGAGGGGAAUGCAUUCUGGAUGAAACAGCAGGUAUUGAUGAAAGCCAGUUAGGGAAGAGAGGAUACCUUACACCAAUGACUGCCAAGGAAUACAUCCUGGCUCUGUGGAAGAAUGAAGGUUUCUUUCUGCGUUAUCUCUUCCCUGGGAUGAAUCCCAAUGAGAGUUCAGGAUUCAGUCCAGACAUGUUUUUUUUAGAUCUACUUGUGGUUCCACCUUCAAGGUAUCGUCCUGUAAAUCGCGUGGGAGAUCGCCUGUUCACAAAUGGGCAGACUGUGAACUUGCAGGCUGUGAUGAAAGAUGCCCAGUUGAUACGGAAGCUCUUGGUUUUCAUGGCCAAAGAGCAGUGCCAGCCAAUAAAAAUUACAGAAGAAAUUCAAACAACAGGAGGGGAUAGUGAACCUCUGGACCGUUCUGUGCUGACAACGAUUCCAGGACAGAGCAUUGCAGAUAAGCUGUACAAUGCUUGGAUACGUCUCCAGAGCCAUGUCAACAUUGUGUUUGAUAGUGACAUGGACAAGCUGAUAACAGAAAAAUACCCUGGUAUUCGUCAGCUGUUGGAGAAGAAGGAAGGGCUGUUCCGCAAGCACAUGAUGGGGAAGCGUGUGGAUUUUGCUGCUCGAUCCGUCAUUUGCCCCGACAUGUACAUCGGGACCAACGAGAUUGGCAUCCCUAUGGUAUUUGCCACCAAACUGACUUACCCUCAGCCAGUCACUCCCUGGAAUGUCAAAGAGCUGAGGCAGGCUGUCAUCAAUGGGCCCAAGGUGCACCCUGGGGCCUCCAUGGUCAUUAACGAGGACGGGUCUCGCACGGUGCUGAGCGCCACCAGCCUGACCCAGCGCGAGGCCAUCGCCAAGCAGCUCCUCACCCCCUCCUCAGGGGCACCCCAGACGGGGCUGAAGAUUGUGUGUCGGCACAUUAAGAACGGGGAUGUGCUGCUGCUGAACCGGCAGCCCACGCUCCACAGACCUUCCAUCCAAGCUCACCGGGCCCGGAUCCUGCCUGGGGAGAAGGUGCUGAGGCUUCACUACGCCAACUGCAAGGCUUACAACGCCGACUUCGACGGAGAUGAGAUGAACGCCCACUUCCCACAGAGCGAGCUGGGCAGAGCAGAAGCCUACACCUUAGCCAUCACUGAUAAACAGUACCUGGUGCCAAAGGAUGGGAAGCCACUUCCUGGCUUAAUCCAGGAUCACAUGAUUUCUGGAGUCAGCAUGACCAUGCGGGGCUGCUUUUUCACCAGAGAGGAGUACAUGGAGCUUGUGUACCGAGGGCUGACAGACAAAAAAGGAAAAAUUAAAAUCUGUCCUCCAGCCAUUAUGAAGCCACAACGAUUAUGGACAGGAAAGCAGGUCGUUUCCACGUUGUUAAUAAAUAUCAUUCCAGACAACUAUGCUCCACUGAAUUUGACUGGGAAAGCAAAAAUUGGUGGGAGAGCCUGGGUAAAGGGACCUGCAAAAGGAUCUCUGAAUCUUGAUUCAAUGUGUGAAUCUCAGGUUAUUAUCAGAGAUGGGGAAUUACUGUGUGGAGUCUUGGACAAAGCUCACUUUGGCAGCUCUGCCUACGGGCUGGUCCACUGCUGCUAUGAGAUCUAUGGGGGUGAAACCAGUGGGAAAGUGCUGUCAUGUCUGGGGCGCCUCUUCACUGCUUACCUGCAGCUGUACAGGGGAUUUACCAUGGGGAUCGAAGAUAUUUUGGUUAAACGUGAAGCAGACCACAAAAGAAAAAAAAUCAUUGAAAGGUCAAGGCAGAGUGGUAUUGAAGCUGUCAGAGCUGCUUUUAAUUUGCCAGAAACAGCAUCAUGUGAAGAAGUCCAAGGGAAGUGGCAGGAUGCCCAUCUCUGCAAAGACCAGAGGGAUUUUAACAUGGUUGAUAUGAAAUUCAAGGAGGAAGUAAACAAUUACAGCAAUGAAGUCAACAAGGUUUGCAUGCCCCUUGGUCUCCACAGGAGUUUUCCAGAGAACAAUUUGCAGUUGAUGGUACAGUCAGGAGCCAAAGGAUCCACUGUAAACACAAUGCAGAUUUCUUGUUUGCUGGGCCAGAUUGAGCUGGAAGGUCGAAGACCCCCACUGAUGGCAUCUGGCAAAUCACUGCCAUGUUUCCAGCCUUAUGAUUUUUCUCCUAGCUCAGGAGGAUUUGUGACUGGCAGAUUUCUCACUGGGAUCAGACCUUCUGAAUUCUUCUUUCACUGCAUGGCUGGCAGGGAAGGUCUUGUGGAUACAGCUGUCAAAACCAGCCGUUCUGGGUACCUGCAAAGGUGCAUCAUCAAACAUUUGGAAGGACUGGUAGUUCAGUAUGACUUGACUGUACGAGACAGUGAUGGCAGCGUGGUGCAGUUUCUGUAUGGAGAAGAUGGGCUUGAUAUCCCUAAAACUCAGUUCUUACAACCUGAGCAGUUUCCUUUCAUUGCAGAAAACUAUGAGGUAAUCCAGAAGACAAACCAUCUGGAUGAAGCUUUAGCAAGGAUGGAGUCUCACCAAGCUAACCAGCAGUUCAAAGUCAUCAAGAAGUGGCGAGCCAGACACCAAAACUCUGUGCAAAGAGAAGGAGGCUUUCUGUUAUUUUCCCAAAAGAAAUUGGCAAGUUUGAAAGCACAACAUCCAGGAGGUGAAAUGAAGAAUGGAAGAGAUCCUGCUACUUUACAGUUGUUGAAGAUGUGGUAUGAGCUUGAUGAGAAGAAACAAAGGAAGUACCUGAAGAAGACAAAUAAGUGUCCUGACCCAAGCCUUGGGGUUUGGCGUCCAGAUACUUAUUUUGCAUCUGUUUCAGAAACAUUUGAAAAUGGAGUGGAAGGCUAUAUCAAUAAAUGGGAAUCUGAGAGCAGCCGGAGUUAUGUGCACCCAGCACUUUCUUCUGAUAGAUUAAAGGAUCUGUUGUAUUUAAAGUGGCAGCGUUCUCUUUGUGACCCAGGAGAAGCUGUGGGGCUUCUUGCUGCUCAGAGUAUCGGGGAGCCUUCAACACAGAUGACUCUGAACACCUUUCACUUUGCUGGCAGAGGUGAAAUGAAUGUCACAUUGGGUAUUCCAAGGUUGCGAGAAAUACUAAUGGUGGCCAGCGCAAACAUUAAAACACCGAUGAUGAGUGUUCCUGUGUUCAGUACCAAGAAAGCUCUCAAGAAGGUGAAACAGCUUAAGAAACAGCUCACGAGAGUGUGCUUAGCUGAGGUCUUGCAGAAAGUGGACAUUGAGGAAUCCCUCCAUGUGAAGCACAAGCUGAACAAGCAUCGCCUUUACAAAAUCAAAUUCCAUUUCUUGCCCAAUGAAUAUUACCAAGAGGAGAAGUGUGUGAAGCCCAGGCAGGUCUUGCACUUCAUGGAAACAAGGUUCUUUAAAGUUCUUCUGGAAGCAAUUAAAAGGAAGACUACAAAGAUGGCAUCUUUUAAUGAAGUCAGCACUCGGAAGACAACUCGGAAGGAUUUAGAUGAUGACCAAGACAAGACACCAAAUUGUUUGGAAGCUGUAGCAGAGGAAGAAGAGAACAUUGUUGAUGCAGAAGCUGAUGAAGGGGAUGGUGAUGCUACAGAAACAAAACGGAGGAAAAACCAGGAAGAAGAGGUUGAUUAUGAGAGCGAAGAAGAGAACGGGGAAGAAAAUGCUAAUGAGAAUCUGGAAGAUGAAGACGCUGAAUCUGAAAAAGAAGGGGAGACUCCUGGUGCUGAAGAGGAUCAGAACCGAGCAGAGGAGGUUUCCUUGGCAUUGCCACUGACCAAGGUGUACUUUGACCUCUCCUCCCUGCUGGCAUCCCUGGCACGCAGCACAGUGAUCCACGAGGUGAAGGGCAUCACACGCUGCCUGCUGAAUGAAAGUACCAACAAGGAGGGAGAGAAGGAAUUUGUUCUCCAGACAGAAGGGAUAAACCUGGCAGAGCUCUUCAAAUACUCUGAUAUUUUGGACCUGAACAGACUUUAUUGCAAUGAUAUCCAUGCCAUGGCUAAGAAUUAUGGAAUUGAAUCAGCCCUGAGGGUGAUUAUAAAGGAAAUAAAAGAUGUAUUUGCUGUAUAUGGAAUUGUGGUAGACCCUCGACACCUUUCACUUGUGGCAGAUUACAUGUGUUUUGAAGGAAUUUAUAAACCACUGAAUCGCAUUGGAAUUCAGUCCAGCUCCUCCCCUCUGCAACAGAUGACGUUUGAAACCAGCUACAAAUUCUUGAAGGAAGCAACAAUGAUGGGCGCCCACGAUGAGCUGCGAUCCCCUUCGGCCUGCCUGGUGGUUGGAAAAGUUGUCAAAGGAGGGACUGGCUUGUUUGAUCUCAAGCAGCCCCUGACAUAGUGUUUUGAUGGUAACUUAAGGAUCUGAUUGAAAUGUUC